GUCAUGUUGUAGCAACAAGUUAAACAAGCGGUUAGUAAAUAAAAAUGAAAUUUUAUCAAAGUCUGGCGAUUGCUUCAGUGACAGUUUUAUAUUUACAAAAUGGGUGGUGUGAGAAGUUGAAUCCAAUGUUUCCACCAGAUUUUCUAUUUGGCGUUGGAUCAUCAGCGUAUCAAGUCGAAGGUGGAUGGAAUAAACAUGGCAAAGGAGAAUCAAUUUGGGAUGUUUUGACCCAUCAAUAUCCGGAGAAAAUGAAAGAUAAAAGUAAUGCUGAUGUUACAUCCGACAGCUAUCACAAUUGGCGUCGUGAUGUGGAAAUGGUUCGCGAGCUUGGUGUCGAUAUUUAUCGAUUUUCAAUUUCUUGGACAAGACUUCUUCCAAAUGGUUUUGUCACCAAUGUUAAUAAACAUGGAAUCGCAUACUACAACAAUUUGAUCAAUGAAUUAUUAAGGCAUAACAUUACACCAAUGGUGACAAUAUACCAUUGGGACUUACCUGCGCGUCUACAAGAAUUGGGUGGCUGGACAAAUCCAGUAAUUAUUGAUUAUGUGACUGAUUAUGCAAAGAUUUUAUUCGAACAGUUUGGCGAUCGUGUUAAGAUAUGGACGACAAUCAAUGAACCUUGGCACAUAUGCGAACAAGGGUAUGGCGUUGAUAUUAUGGCACCUGCUAUGAAUUUUCCAGGCAUUCCAAGCUACUUGUGCGGACAUAAUGUGUUAAAGGCACACGCUGAAAUUGUUCACUUAUACCGAGAACGUUUUCAACCAACUCAAAAAGGAAAAAUUGGAAUUACAAUCGAUACGUCAUAUGCACAGGCCAAAACUGACUCGGACGAUGAUAAGGUGGCAUCGGAACUUGCUCUACAAUUUUAUCUUGGUUGGUUUGCUCAUCCGAUUUUCUCGAAGAACGGUAAUUAUCCUCAAGUGAUGAUUGAUCGAAUUGAUGCCAAUAGUAAACAACAAGGUUUUCCACGAUCACGUUUACCAAAAUUCACGCCCGAAGAGAUUAAACGAAUUCGGGGCACAUCCGAUUUCUUUGGCAUCAAUUCUUAUACAACCGUUUUAGUGACACGUAACGAUUGCAAUAAUUCAGCCAAUUUCCCAAUACCGAGCUUCAAUCAUGAUAUGGACGUUGUUGAAUCGUUCGACGAAAAUUGGACAAAAUCCGCAUCAUUUUGGUUGCAUCCUGUUCCUUCCGGCAUGUACAAUUUGCUGAUGUGGAUCAAUAAAGAGUACGACAAUCCGCCAGUGAUUAUAACCGAAAAUGGUGUUAGCGACAAUAAUGGAGUAAACGAUACGGAUCGUGUCACAUAUUUUAAUUCAUACUUAGCUUCCAUUUUGGAUGCAAUGAAGGAUGGUUGCAAAAUUAUGGGCUAUAUUGCAUGGAGCUUGAUGGACAGCUUUGAAUGGACAGCUGGUUUCUCUGAACAAUUUGGAUUGUACCACGUUGACUUUUCCAGUCCGAACAAAACACGAACACCAAAAGCAUCGGCUAAAAUGUUUGCCCGUAUCGUUCGACAUCAUGCUAUUGAUUGGAAAGGUCCAGAUCGUCCAGAGCCAAGCAUCAUCAAACAUCCAAGUAUUAUCCAUGAACAAAUUAUCAACAAUUCAUCAAAGAGCUCAUCACGUGCCAAGAUUGUAUUAACCAAAAAAUUUGAAGUACAUGAUUGAUUCUUCGAAACUGUCCUAUUUGACCAUAUUCUCAAAACGAUUCAAUAAACAUAAUGAAAAAUUAA